AUGAAUGUGGGAUCUAUUUUAAAUGGCGACUCGCCUCCAGAUGCCGAUACAGAAUCGGGCUCUGCGAUGCCCAAGUUGAAUCAUAGACACUCCAUCAAUGACUUGCUUAAUGGUCCCGCAUCAAAUGCCUCGCGGAAUUCAGAACAGAAAACGGCCGAAACUGAGAAAACGGAUGACCAUGAUGAAUCGGAAAUCCAUAUUUCUGAGAGCGAGUUCCCUACAAAGUCAGAUGAGGAAGAGGAAUCCGAAGAAGACUCUACACAAGGAGAAAUUCUGAGGGUUGUCGUUGAAGAGAAACCGUCUACCCAAGAGCGGCCUGCGCAUAUUGUUGGCUCCGAGUUGGAAAAGAUCAACCAGCUCAAACAUAGCCAAAAGAAAGGAGGAAAGCCUCGCCGCUAUACGCAACCUCCAAUCUGGUCUCAAGAAUGGUUUCCUCCAUCCCAGAAUAACAGAGAGAAUGGUCAUUUCCCUCCAGAACCUAGCCCUUCGGUUCCUACCGGUGGCCUUUCGCUGAAACCCGUCUUUGACAGAAGCCACAUGUACACCCAGGACUUGGAAUGUCUGGUAACUGGUGUAAUCCCUCCUCAAUCUAUUGUACGUACUAUAGCUGAGUGGAUCUAUGCAAAUUUCGUGGAAAUCCCACUUGAAAACAGAAAGUUUUUGGAAUUGGAGCUCAAGUUCGGUACCAUUGUGGACAAAAAGGCUGGUUACCGUCUUGAUAUUGGUGUGUCAUCUGACUGUAUCUACACUAAUGCGUCGAACAUUCGUUUCGAAAUGGCGGUCCACGAGACUGGAUGGAAGGAAAUGAAAGCAUUCUUGGACGAGUUGGAGAAGAAGUACCAGGAAGAAAACAGAAAAAAUCCUAGCAAACCCAGAAGAAAGUUUUCAACUUUGGAGACAGAUUUCACUGAUCUUAUUUUUCAAAUCAAUGAACGGAAUGAGAGACCAAAGAGAAUCAGAAUCUCUAAGGAUAAUACGUUAAAUCCUCCACGGUACACAGCGAUUGAGAAAAAGAGAAUAUCCGAUCUCUAUAUCCAUUGCCCCUCGUCGAUGUACGACUUCCGCAUAUCCUUAUCUCUUGAAUUUCCCGUCGCAGAGGAGAAGAUAGAGCCUACACUCAAGAAGAAGCCAGAAAAUACGCGUAUAAAGAAACGAACAUCAUUGACGCAUUCUCCCACCGUCACGCAAUUUGAUUUCACGUCGGUACUGACUCCAAAAACAAUGAAGAAUAAGGCAGGCAAGACCGUGGUGGAACAUGAGACUAAUUUCGAGUUGGAGCUUGAGAUUGAUCCUACAGAAAUCUUUAGGGGUUUUGACAAGGUUAGGGAUGGCUCAGAUAGCAUUCGGUUUGAAGAAUUGGUCGAGGUUUUCUUGAAUAAUGCAAGAUGCCUCAAUAACCGAGUGACGAAAUUGGCGUCUAAAUAA